AUGCCAAUUGCAGUCGCACAAAGACCAGUUAAGCUCACCGAAGACGUCAUCAACGAUAACAAGAAGUGGAGCAUUCCAGACUCCGUCUAUGAGAAGUCUGUCGCUCCGCUUCUCGCUGAGAUGGAGCAUUUCGGUAUCAAGGACCCUGCCAACGUGCAGUUUGACCUCGGUCGCCACUUGCUCUUCACUGAUGACUACUACGAGAAAACCAAGCGUAUCACCUUGAAGGACCUGGGUGUUACCAAGACACACCAGGAGCCGAUCUCGCCAAUCGGAGUGUCUGAGCCUUUCCCACUGUUCACAAAGGAGGCCAUCGCCAUCAUGAGAUGGGAGAUGUUCCAGAAGGAGUGCUUCAUGAACUGUGGCCGUGUCAAUGAUCACUCCACAACCGGUGACAUGGACUUCUACAUCAGAGGCUAUGCGAAAAAGUACAGUCCAUUCACAUACCAAGCCUGGAACCAUCCAAAGGUCUUGGAGAUCAUCUCCACGAUGGCUGGUGUUGAGCUUGUCCACCAAUUCGAUUACGAGAUUGGUCACAUCAACGUUUCCAUCAAGCAGGACACGACAAAGAUCAUCAAGCUUGAUGAGGAGGCCAAGAAGGCCGAAGACAUGCCGGGUAUUGUCGCAUGGCACUUUGACUCUCCACAGUUUGUUUCUGUGUUGAUGAUGAGUGAUACCACCGACAUGAUUGGUGGUGAAACUGCCUUGACCACGGGAGAUGGCAGCGUUAUCAAGGUUGAAGGACCAAAGCAAGGCUGGUGUAACAUUCUUCAAGGUCGUAUCCUUAAGCACAUCGCCACAAAGCCUCGUGGUGAUUACGUGGAGAGAAUCACCUCUGUCUGCAGUUACAGACCAAAAGACACGUUGUUGGAUGAAUCUCCAAUCACCACUGUCAAGCCAUCCGAGCUGAGUGCUUCGAGAUACAACGACUUCUACCAGGAAUACAUGAACUACCGCAUUGGUGUCUUGGAGGACAGAUUGGCUCACUUGAAGAAGACCAUCAACGAAUCCAUUGAGAAUGGUGACGGCUUCGACCAACUGUCCACCAUCGACUUCAUCCAGAAGAAGGUUGUCGAGUACGCUGAGCACACCUGGCAGGAGUUCGAGGUUGUUGACGAUGGUCUCGUUGAGAAACCAAAGAGCUAUAACGUUAUCCAGGCUAGAUGGGAUUAA